AUGGUCCGUUGUGCAAACGACGGGAGCUUUGGCCCCGUCUUGACACCUGGGCCGGACUGCUAUAGCUUCGACUUCACACUCACGUUCGAGGACUGCAUUCUCUCGAUUGCACCCUGCAGCAUUACCUUACUGUUAGCCAUCGUGCGAAUCUAUUAUCUUCUCAAGCGCAAUCCACUUGUCCGCUGGCCGCUCUUGCUGGCCUUCAAGCUGACGACGACCAAGCUUCUCUUCGUUGCCUUGCUAGGCGUUCAACUAGGCAUUGCCGUUCUCCUCGGCACCAACAGGGGCUUCCAUACACACACCACUCUUGCAUCGAGCGUCGUGAGCCUGUGCACAACUGUUGCGCUGACAGUACUCUCCGAUCUGGAGCAUGUGCGCUCCGUCCGUCCGUCCUACCUUAUCCAGAGUUUCCUCUUCAUUUCCAUCUUUUGCGACUUGCCACGCAUCCGCACACAAUGGAUGCUGCCAGACAACGCCACUGUGGCACCCAUCUUUUCGGCCGCAUUUGGCCUCAAGGUGCUUCUGAUGUUUGUUGAGUCCAUACACAAGUACAGCCACUCCACUCUGGCCAACGACAAGAUCUCGCCCGAGGAGAUACAGGGCGUCUUUGGUGAUACAUUGUUCACGUGGCUGAACCCUCUCUUUUUUGAGGGAUACAAGCGCAAUCUGACCAUGGACGACCUCUAUCCUGUUGAUAACGGACUUCGUGGCCAGACUCUAUAUGACCGUUUACAAAGCCAUUGGCUGAAAGCAAACUACAAGCGCAAGCACUGUUUGACAUAUGCGACACUCAAAACAUUUACACCAGAGCUAGCCAUGGCAUUUGUUCCCCGCAUCGGCUUGAUGGGCCUCAGUCUGUCCCAGCCGUACCUUGUCAGCGCAGCCAUCAACUACAUCGACAACGCUGAUCGGCCAAAGAGCUACGGGUACGGCCUCAUCGGUGCCUACGCUGUAACUUACAUUGGUAUUGCGUUAACCACUCGUUGGUACAUGCACAUUGCUUUCCGUACCAUGGCCAAGAUUCGGGGCGCCCUGGUAACAAUCAUCUACAAAAACAUGUUGGCCAUCCGUGCCGAGACUGGCAACUCGUCAGCGGCGCUGUCCCUUAUGAGUACUGAUGUCGAUCGCAUCACCUUCACGACUUUCAAUAUUGUCGACUUGGCCCCGAGCGUGGUACAACUCGGCAUCGCCCUAGGCAUUCUCGGAACCGAACUAGGCGGUAGCAGCGUUGCCCCCAUUAUUCUCUGUCUCAUUUGCGGAAUCAUCGCCGCACGACUGGGCAAGAUGAUCCCGCCGCGUCAGCGACGCUGGAUGGCGGCCAUUCAGAAGCGGGUCGGCAUCACGUCUGAUAUUGUCGGUUCCAUGAAGGGCGUCAAGGUCGCCGGUCUCAACGAAAAGGCCGAGCAGCAAAUCCAGGGCCUCCGCGAUUACGAGAUAGACCAGUCCACUGCUUUGCGUAAGAUCCAGGUGUGGAAUCUCCUUCUCGGUAUUGCCCCGUCGCUGCUUAUGUCGUCCGUGACGUUUGCCGUCUAUGCCAUCGUGCAAAAGGUGUCUGGCGACAGUCAGUUUGGCGUCGCCCGGGCCUUUACCGCGCUAAGCGUCUUAAAUGUGCUCAUUGCGCCGGUCAUGACCAUCACAUCGGCUUGGACGAACUUGGCCUCGGCUCUCGCCUGUCUUGAUCGCAUCCAGGCCUUUUUGAUGAAAGAGAAGCGCGAGGACUACCGCAUCCUGCUGCCACGGUCAGACUCCGGCUCCUUUACGACGCGCGAUUCAGCCAUGCUAGGUGCAGACAACGCGUCAGAGAAGUCGGCUAGCAAGGACAAGCAGCCAUUGAUCAAGGUUCGAGAGGGCACUUUUGGAUGGAAAGCCGAUGCGCCGCCAGUACUCAAAGACGUCGACAUCGACAUUAUGCCGGGCGAAUUGACACUUGUUAUCGGCCCCGUGGCUUCCGGCAAGUCGACACUCCUCAAGGCGCUCAUUGGUGAAUGCCGAAAAUUCAAAGGCGCCGUCGAGUUCACCAUUCCGGAAGAGGUAGCGUAUUGCGACCAAGACGCCUGGCUGCUCAACCGGUCGAUAAAAGAAAAUGUGCUCGCAUACGAGCCGUACAACGAAGACUUCUAUGAGCAGGUCAUCCAUGCUUGCCAGUUGGUCGAGGAUAUUGAGCAGUUCCCAAAGCGCGAUGACACCAUCAUUGGCAGUAAAGGUGUCUCUCUGAGUGGUGGUCAAAAACAGCGUGUGGCUCUUGCUCGUGCUGUUUACAACCGGAAGCCCAUUGUCAUUCUCGACGACAUCUUGAAAGGGCUUGAUGCUGACACGUAUUCGAAAUGCUUCACUGCCACGCUUGGGCCGGAAGGACUCCUGAGAAAGAACCGAACAUCCGUCGUCCUUGCCACCCACAAUAUCCAACUCCUACCCCAUGCCGACCAGAUUAUUGUCCUGGACGAAGGCGGCCGCGUCACGGAGCGGGGCAGUUUCGAUCACCUCAAUUCAAGUGACGGCUUUGUUGCUGCCCUGGGCCUCAAGAAAUCUGCUAUGGACGCCGCCGCGAUCCGCGAUGCCCUGGACGUUGAGAUAGAACUCAAAGAAAAGGAAGCCAUCAUUGAACGCAUCGCCUCGGCCAAGGCGAUGGGCCGCAAGCGGUCCGGUGCGGGCGGUCCUCCGGAUGCUGUCCCGUCCGACAACGCGUCACGUGGCAAGCGGAAUGCCGAUGCCAUGUUCUCAUAUCUCAGGUCUCUGGGUGGCACGGCGUUUGCCCUGUACGCCGUCUUUACUCUCUGCGACAUUGGCUUCCGGACAGCCCAGCCCGUGUGGCUCAAUGUUUGGACGGCCGCAAAUGAAGAGCACGCUGACAGUCGUGUCGGCUACUACGUCGGCAUCUACGUCCUCUUCGGCGUAUUGAACGUUAUAUUUAUGGCCGCUGAAUUUUGGACGUUUCUGAUUAUCAUUGUGCCGCAUUCAGCCAAAGUCCUCCACAGGAAGAUUCUCGUCGCCGCUAUGCAGUAA